AUGCAGAUUGGAAGCCCAUCGGACCUCAUCCUCCAGGUGCCACGCCCGCGACUUGACGCGAACGGCGUCCCGAUUCAAGCUACCGACCACGAGAUUGACCGCGAAACGAUGCGCAUCGCCCUCACAUACAUGAGCGACUAUCUGGCUUCCAAAGGCCAGACGCUGACAGUCAUUGCCGUCGGCGGAGCUGUCAAUAUCUUGCUGCUUGGUUCCAGGCUUUCCACCCACGAUCUUGACUUCAUGGGCACCCAUCUCAACAACGACCAACGCGUAGCGAUCGAUGAAGCGGCUCACUUCGCGGAGAGACAGUGCAGCAAGCCUCUGGGUUCCCAGUGGUUCAACAACGAGACGCAGAUGUGGCUUUCGCCGCCAGUGCACCGGCAGAUCACCGAGCAAGCCCUCCAACAGAAUGAGAUCGUCUUCGAAAAGCAUGGCCUGAGAAUUGUUGCGGCGCCGUGGAUUUACGCUCUCGCAUCCAAGACACACCGGCUGGCGCGGGACCGGCGAGCGGAGCAAAUGGCGAGAGCACGGCCGUACGAUGUCACGGAUGCCGCUACCUACUUGCGCAAAUAUGUCCAGCAGAACGGAGGCCAAGCACAGAGUCGGGCUUCAGUCCAGGCUCGCUGCGUCGAGUUCGGCUUCCGCGUGGACGAUGUUGACCUUCAGACCGUCAACGCCGAGUAUCGACGACUGUACCGCGCAGACGGUCUGGUGGCAUAA